GCUCUCCAAGGGUUGGUAUCUAAGCCCGGAGGGGAUAAAGUUAUGUACAGAGGGCUUAUCUAAUCCAUCAGCAAAGGAUGUUAUAAAAAAGGCAUUGAACCUGGACCUGAAGGAUAUUGGCUCCUCGUGUAUACCAGAGGACAUCAACAGAGGAAAGCUGAAGAGUAUCCAGGGGAACAUGGUGCUUAUGAUCACCAAGAUCAGGAAUAUUGCGGCACCUAAGGUAAAAGAGGAGUCUGGUGUAGGCCCUAGGAUGUUAAAAAUCUCGUUGACCGAUGGUGUGAUGACCUGCCACGGCGUUGAAUUCACCAAACUAGACAGACUGAGUUUAUCAACGCCUCCAGGAUCAAAGGUUCGGUUAAAGGGUUCCACUCUUGAUGUUAUUGGAGGAUUUAUUAAAUUAAACAACAACAAUAUAGAACUACUAGACGGCAAGGUUGAACAUCUGAUUGAUAAAUGGAAAAUGGCGGAGGAACUGACCUACUUGAAGCGGACAGGUGUAGGAGGAGGUGGAGGAGACGGACCUCCUAAAUGGAUUCCAUUCGGUCAAAAGCUGAGUAAACACAACGACCUGGUCAAUGUCAAGGCCAAGGUGGUUCCCAAGGUGACGGAGAACAAGGAGGAGAACGACGAGUUCAACUCCCAACGGAAAGAUGCAAUUCAAGAGGCGGUAAAAGGAGAACAGAAGAAAUUUGGAGGAGGAACAAAACAGAUUGCGGAUAGUAGGAGUAAACGGAGCCAGGAGAAGGAGAGAAGAGGAGGAGUGAGGGAAGAGAAUCAGGAACGUGAAGAUAACUCCGAGUAUGAUCGCGAGGAGAACGGAAGAAGAGGAGGACGAGGUGGAGGACGGGGAGGAGGACGAGGUGGAAGAGGACGGAGGGAGAGAGAUGAGGAACCAACAGGUUCAGCUCCGUCCAAAGUGGUCUCACUCUUUGAUUUCCUCGAGGAGAAGAUACCAGAGGUUAAACCUAAACUUGGCGGAGACAAUAGGGAAAAGAACAGAGAUGCAAAUGUGGAAAAGAAAAAUUUCGGAGACCAGCGAAACUAUGGCGACAGAAAUAACGACAGAAACAAGUUCAAAAAUAGAAAUGAAGAUCAUGAGCGUACUCAAAAGUUUGAGGAUCGACGGGGUGGAAUGCGGGGAGGACAAGGUGGUGGACGAGGUGGAAGAGGAGGGGGCCGAGGUGGACAGAAUGCAGGAGGACAGGAUAGACGGUUCCAAGACUCAGCUCGUGAUAAUAGAGAUAACAGGAACGGACCUAAAAGCGGUGAUCUUGGUUCGUCUAAAGAGGGUCGAGGACGGAACUCCAGGGAGCCUCGUGGAACCUCGAAUCCUAUAUUUGUUCACGGUUCAAGCUCUGGUAAAGGAUCUGAAGCACGUUCAGAUAGAUUUGUUGAAGAUCUUUUCAAAGACUCCAAACCUCCAGGAGCUAGCAAUGACACAAGGUCUAGAACCGAGUCUAAAAUGGAGACAAGGAGAUCUGAUGUUGAGAAGCCACGUGGUUCCAGGGGUCCUAAAUCAGAUCAGCAGGGGGGUGCAACAAACAUGAAUGACAGGCGUAGGUUCGACCAGGGUCAACAGAAAAAAGAUCAUGGACAGAACAGAUUAGACCAAGACCAACCGAAACCAAAUCAAGAUCAAAGAAGAAAUAAACAAGAUCAGGGUCGACAAGAACCUCCGAAUAAGCCCCGGAGAGAGUCGGAUAGGAGACGGGAUGAACCAAAUAUCUCCGGUAGGCAAGAGAACAGAUCAAACAGGAAUGAGGGAGGAGAAAAGAAGAGUGAACAAAGUUCGAAUAAUAAAAACCAAAAUGGCGGUCCAAGAUCCGAAAGAAAAGAAAACAGUUCUGGGAAAAAUAUUAAAACUGAGCAGAGUGCACCUAAGUUUGAUUCCCCGAAUGUGAACGUAAACCUAAACCUUGUCAUGCAGAAUAUGAACCUUAAUCCUGGGCACACCGCACCUUUUCCCGUUCCAGGAGGCAAUCCUUCGGCUGGACAAAAUUUCCACCCCGCCGGGUUUAAUCCUUCAACUCCCGGAUUUAAUCCAUCAGCACCUGGAGUAAACCAAAAUGGAUUCAAUUCAGGGAUGGGAUUUAAUGGGUACAAUCCCAACGGAAUGGGACGGUCUCAACCUGAUUAUCGGCAGUAUAACCGUCCUCCUCCUGGUAUGCCUCCAGGGGGAGGAUCCCGGAGUAACGGAGGACCAUCAGGUCGAGAUAUACCUGGAGUAGAAUCCUGGAAGGUUGGAGAUCAUGCUAGAGCAAAGUACUGGGAGGUAAUGUAUUCUUGAUCUAGUUUAAAUAUU